UACAAGAAGAUUCAGAAGAAUCACCAGAAGAAGAAAAAACUGACACUUUCGAGAAUAAGACUAAAGAGGAAGAUUUAAUGAAAACUGCUGAAGAAGAUUUGAACAGAUCAGAGACGAGGAAGCGUUCGGUUACAUGGAAAUUAGAUGAAAAUGGGAAAGAUAAAGUAGAGGAAAAGAAGGAAGAAAUAAAAGAAGAAAAAGUAAUUGAAAAAGAAGUACCAAAAAAGGAAGAAGAAAUUAAAAAGGAAGGAUUUAUAUCGAAAGUUGGACGCUUAUUUUCUUUUGGUAAAAGUAAUGAAAAGAAGGAUAGUGAAAAACAGCAAAAGAAUGAAGUUGCUGUUAAUCUUCCAAAACUCUAUUUUGACCCAAAACAUGAAUGUAAAUGUUAUUUGUAUGUGGAAGGAGGGGAAGAGAAAAAGCCAAUUCCAGCCAAACUUGCAAUUGAAGACUUUUUAGAAAAUGAUAAUUACGACCCAAUUUCGGCAGAAAAAAGUUGGGAAAUCUGUCAAGAAGUGAAAGAAAUUUCUCUUGACGAAUUAGAAAAUUUGGGUAAUGGAAUUGAAGAAAGUACAAAAGAAAAAAGGAGAGAAAUGAUUCAAAAAAAGAGAGUAAACUUAAAAAGAUUGGAUUUUAUGUGUUCAAUUGUUGUGGAGAAAAGAAUGAAGAAAGUAGGUAAAUGGCUAGAAUGGAAUGCAAUAAUUUUACGUGAAUAUCAACUACUUUCUACACAACAAAAAAGCUUAAAUAACAACAAAAUUGAGGAUAGAAAAGAAGAAAAUCAAAAAAUUGAGGAUUUAGAAAAAUGCCAAAAAUUUAUCGAGUCAAUCCGUUCCCGCGAAAAAUAUGACUGGAAAAGUGAUAUACAACAACCAAUAAAAAAUUGGAGAAAAACUUUUGAUAAAAAUGGAUUGUGUGAUUCUGUAGCUACGGAAAUGUUUUUAAAUGAAGGAAAUGAAGUUUGUGAUCAAACAAGUAUUUGGUUAAAAAAUAAUGAAUUUGAAAAGGGUGAAGAAUAUAUGGAAAAUUUGGAGAGAAAAUGUUCUGCAUUAAAAUUGUAUACACACAAUAUGCAUUGGAACGAAGAAAAAGACUAUUACGAAAUGGACAAUGGAUCUAUUGCUGAUAAACAAUUAGAAUGGUUAAUGAAGGCACUUAAAAAGAUAAACAUGUUAACAGUUGUAAGUAACGAGAUGAAAAAUGGCCAAAAAUGUGAUGAAAUUUUGGUUGAAGCAAAGAAAAUAGAAACUGAAAAAAUUAAUGAUGAACUUCCUCUAUUAAUAAAAAAGAAAAAGGAAAUAACUGCUUGUCUUGAACAAAUAAAAAAUAAAUUUGAAAAUGAGGCUAAACAUUUAUGUGAAUCAGCAAAAAUAUUGAGAAAUAUUGAAAAACAAGUAUUCGAUUCUGAACACAUUGAGGAGCCCCAAUUUGCUAAAAGAAAAGAAAUUAUGGAGAAAAUGCUUGAAGAAUGCCAAGUUGUUGAAGAAAAAGAAGUGAAAGAUGAAAAGAAGAAAACGGACCUUGAAAUGCCAGAAAAUGCUGAGGAUAGAGAAGAGGCAAUAAUGAGAAUUUUGGAAUUUUCUGGAAUAAUUUGGGAAAGAGCAAUAAAUCAAAUAGGUAUGGAAUUUAAACCUCCAAUACAUUGCCAACAUUUUGGGGAUGAAAUAUUACAAGAGAUUAUUAAUGGAAAUGAAAUGGAAGGUGUUGAAAGAGAUUUAUUUGAAAAAAUGGAAGCUCAAUGUAUUUUGAAUUAUUCAAUUGAAUUGGGAAAAAGAGCAAAAAAAUUGGCAGAAGAAUGGGAUAUUGAAAUGCCAGAGGAUUUAUUAAUGGAUUUAGAAGAGAGAGAAAAUUAUUUUGGGGAAAACAAAGAAAAUGAGAAUUCAUCAAAGAAUAAAACAAAUGAAGAAUUAAAGAAUGAUAAUGAAAUUGAAGAAGAGUUUUAUGACUAUUCUCGGGCUAUUGUUCCAUAUAGAGGACCAAUGAAUUUACCCAAAAUUGAAGAGGAAGAGGAAAAAGAGGAGGAGGAUGAAAAGGAAAAUGAAGAUUUGAAUAAAGAAAUUAAAGAAGAGGAAAAAGUGAAGGAAGUGGAAGGAGUUGAAAAGGAAGAGGAAAAUGAAAUUCCUAAACGUUAUAGAACUCGUACAAGAUUUACAAUCAAAAAUAAAAAUAGAGAGGUCACUGUAAAAUUCUCUCAUGAAUUCGAAACUGAAACUUCUGAAGAAGAAAAAGAAUCAAAAAGUAAGGAAAUAAAAAUGGAAAAUGAGAAGGAAGAAACUGGAAAUAAUUCAAUGAUGGAUAAUAAAAGUGGAGAAAUUGAGAAGAAAGACAUAAUUCCAAAAGAUUUAAAAGGUGAAGAUAUUAGGGAAGAAACAGUUAAUGUUCCAGAAUUGAAUUUAAAAAAGGAAGAGGAAACCCCAGAGAAACCCAGACAAGAAUCGAAAAAUCCAAAAGAAGAGGAAAUUGAAGUGCCCCGCACAAAUCCUUUAAAUGAGGAAAUGCUAAAAACGAUAAAAUCAGUGGAAAAAGUCCAAUCAAAAGAAAAUUCUAUUAAAAAUAAAAAUAUAGAAAAGGAAAAGCCAAUUAUUGAAAAUAAACCAGAAGAGAAUCAAAACAAAAAAGAACCAAUCAUUGAAGAUUUAGAAAAUAAAAAAUCGGAAACACCUCGUAAAAUAACUGCAAAAACAAAUGGAGGAAAUCCAUUUUCAUUUAAAGAUUUAAUUAAGAAAUGGAAUAAAGACCCUGUCGAAACUAAACAACUAAUUGAACCCCCUAAAGAAAAUAUAAAAAAUAAUGAAGUAAAAGAUGAAAUAAAAGCACCCCCUAAUCAUAAAGAGACUAAAGAAAUUCCAAAAACUGAGACAAAACAAAUUUUCGAAAAACCAAAAGAAAUCAUUCAAAAUCCCCUAAAUAAUGCUCAAAAUGAAAUAAAAAAUCCUUUAAAUCAUCAUAAAAAUAAAGAAAUUUCCGAAAAAUUACAAGUAAAAGAAAAUAUUCCAAAUAAACUUGAAAAUAAUCAAGAAAUUAAACAGAUUACGCCAGUAUUACCGCCACCAAAAGAAAAUGGAAAUAAUCAACAAAAUAAAUUAGGUAAAAAGCCUAAAGGUAAAAAACAAAAACGUAAAAAUGCUCGAAAGGGAAAAGGUAAAAAGAGAAAUAAAAAGAAAAAGAAUAAAAAUAAGAAAAAUAAUAAUGGCAAACAAGGCGGUAAUAAACCUUCUCGAAAACGCCGAAACAAAAACAAGCGAAAAAACAAGAAUAAGCCAAAUCAAAUAAAUAAUACUCCUCUGCAUGAAAAGGAAAUGGUUCAAGGUUUAAAGAAAGGACAGGAAAAUCCAAAUGCUGGAAAGAAACAAGCUGAGAAUCAAACAAAGCAAGCUGAACAGAACCCAGCAGUAUCAUUAGCAAAUGUUCCCCAUGUAGCAAAGAAUAUUCCAAAACUUCAUAAUAUUUCAAAUGCACCAAAUGCAGCUUCAACACCUCCAAAUCCUCCACAUAAUAAAAUUAAUCGUCAUCCUCCAUCACCUCUAGGUCGAAAAGGAAAAAAUGGUCUUUCACCACACCCACCAUCACCAUCUGGAAAUAAGAAUCAUCCAAAUAAUCAUCAAGGAUUAAAGCAACCAAAAAAACAAUUUAAAGGAAUUUCUCAUCCCGGUCCUUCCAUUUUCAGCAUUAAACAUGAAUUCCGCCCUGAUGGAUCAGUUCGAAUUCACACAAAAAUUUUGGGAGCUAAUCCAUUUGCUACAGGAAAUACUAAGCAUCGAUUUGGAGUGAAACUGAAUCGUGUGAAGCGUGGGGCUGAACAAUUUGGAAUUAAUAAUAAUGGAAAGGAAAAACAAAAUAAUCAGCCAAAAUGUUUAAAUGUCAACGUCUGUGAAAUUUAUAAGUUUUUGGAUUUGAGUGCAAUUAAAUGGUGGUGGUGUAGAGAUGUAGAGAAGGAUGAUGCUUUGGAAACAGUCAAGAAUAUUAAAUUAUUAAUUGAAGAUAUUGGCUGUGUAGAGGAUAAUAAUAAAUGCAAAAAAGAAGAAGAAGAAGGUGAUUACCAGAUUAAAGCUGAACAGCAUGUUGAACAAUUCUUUGAAAAAAUUUUUGUUGCAAGCGGGAUCGACGAAAUGAGUCAAAAUGGGGAGUAUAUGGAUUCUGAAUGUUUAAUGAAGCUUUCUAAUACAUUAACUGAGAAGAAGAAAGAAAUAUGUGGACGUUUUAUGGAAGAAAAAGAUGACAAUGAUCAAAAUGAAUUUAAUGAAGGAUUGGAUGAGGAAGAAAAAGAAGAAUUCACUAAACUUUGUAGUGAAAUGCAAAAAUGA